CUGGGUGUGAGGAAGGGAAAGAGAGGAGAGAAGAUCUGUGCAUUUUAGAAGUGGGGGGAGAGAAAAGGAGGGGGGAGGCGGGUUUGGCUAGGAGAUGCAGAGAAGGAAAGAGAGAAAAACAGGCGAGGGAGGAAUAAGAGAAGGGGAGCCCGAGAGGAACAGAGAGAGAAAGAGAGGGAAGGAGGGAGAGAUCUGAGAUAAGGCAAGGAGCCGCGCCCCCUCCCCCCCAAUAAGAAGAAGUGGGGAGAAAGAAGAACGACUGAGGAGGACGGCAGAGAAAAAGCUGGAUUGCAGAGAAAGGGAAGGUGGAAGGAGAAGAGGAAGAGUGAGAAAGGGGGAACAUAAGAAAAAAAAGGGGGGGUGAGAAAGACAGGUGGAGAAAAUAAAAGCGAGAAGAGCAGAGGGAAGGAAAGCAGAAGGUAAGCCGGGGAAAGAAGAGGGGGCAGCGCGGAAGAGGCUAGUCCGCGGGGAGGCAGGGAGAGGCGGUGGGAAAGAAAGAAAAGAAAAGAUAGCGAGAAAGAAGUAAAGUUAAGGACGCCUCGCGGGCAGCAGCAGCGUCUCCUUCCCGCCACCCUCCGGAUCCAGCGCCAGCGCCCCCAGACAAGGAGCGGGCAGUCCCGCCACUCCGGCGCCUCGGCGGGGGGAGGCAGCGGACGGGGGGGCGCAGCUCUUCCACACGCUCUCCCCCCUCUCCACAGCGCACAAACUCUUCACGGCCGGAGCUCCUUCGCUUCCCCGGACGCCACCCGAGCAUCUUCCGCAUCUAAUUGACGUGGGCGGCGGGGUGGGGGGAGUUGGUGGUAUCCCAGGAGAAAGGGCGGGAGGAGGAGGAGGAGGAGGAGGAGAAAGAUGAAGAUGGAGGCGUCAAGGAAAGAGACCUAGGGAACCGGAGAGCGAGAGGGCAUGGAAAGGGCAGGGGGCUUCCGAGGAUGAGGGCUCGCUCGCGGGGCGCAUAAGGGCCGGCCGCCAGGAAGCUCGACUUCCGUCUCUCUCUCCGGAGGCUGUGAACGGGGUCUUUGCCGCGGGAUGCUGAGGAGGGGACAGCUCCGGCUUUAAGCCCCCUCCUGACCCAUCAGGAUGUGGACCGGACCUGGCAGGGGGCUCUGCCUGCUGGGAGCGCCAGGGCUGCUGCUGCUGCUGCUGCUGCUGAGAGCAACUUGUAUGGCUGUGCAAUUUGUUCCUGCAAAAACCUACGAGGACUGGUGGGCAUACAAGGAAACACUUCACGGAAGCUUUGUGCCAGGUCCUCCGUUCUGGGGUCUCGUGAAUUCAGCGUGGAGCCUCUGUGCCAUUGGCAAACGCCAGUCCCCUGUGGAUGUCAACACAAGUCAAAUGAUUUUUGAUCCCUUCCUCCCUCCUCUCCGACUGAGCAUUGGUGGAAAGAAGAUUAGUGGAACCAUGUACAACACAGGUCGGCAUGUCUCUUUUCGUCCAGAUCCGGUACAACUGGUUAAUGUUUCAGGAGGACCUCUGCCGUAUAGUCACCGGCUCCAAGAAAUAAGGCUGCAUUUUGGCAGUGAAGAUGGAUUUGGCUCAGAACACCGUAUAGAUGGUGACAGCUUUUCUGCUGAGGUGCAGUUGAUCCACUACAACCAAGAACUCUACCCCAAUAUUUCAGAGGCUUCGCGCAAUCCCAAUGGUUUAGCUGUCAUUUCUAUCUUUGCCAAUAUUGGACCAAACCCUAACUCUUUCCUGACCAGGCUGUUAAACCGAGAAACAAUUACCCGGAUCUCCUAUAAGAAUGAUGCUUAUCUUCUACACGAUCUGAGCCUUGAAGACCUUUAUCCAGAGACAUUUGGUUUUAUCACUUACCAAGGAUCCAUGUCAACCCCUCCAUGCUACGAAACUGCCACCUGGAUUCUCAUUGACCGUCCCAUCAAUAUUACCUCCGUUCAGUUGAUGGAACACAACCUCCCAAACCAGGCAUGUAGUUUUGCUGCAAGCUCCUGAGUGUGUCCGUCGCUCAAAAUUCAGUGUCCAACCGAGGAAGCUACAACCUCCCAUCUCUGAAUGAUUGCCACAGCUUCCAUUGUGGGAAAGGCAAUAUGUGGGGUACUAGGGAACCAGGCUGGAAUACUUGCCUUGGGGUGUUUGGAAAACUCUGAUCACAAUAGGGUUGGGUUGCCAAAAGCUUAAACAAUGAAAUUAGGGUUAUUAAUUUGCAGAAUAUGGCACGUCUCCCCCAAUUCUAUAGCCUAAUAUUUAAAGAAGGCGAGAACAUCCAGAAGUGUGAGGACUAGAAUCUUUGCACUGCCUCCUUGCUAAAGCAAUGCUGCCUAUUCUGGAGAUCAAAUUUAUUCAAAAUCUCUAUUGGUCAUAAAUGUCAGGUGGAGGCAAUGUACCCCAAAUUAUAUACAGAGCUAAAGUGUAUCAGGCAGACAGUUGUAUUCCCAAUACUGAAUGCACUUUAGAAAUGCAGAGGAAUAUCCUUAUAAUAUCCUAGUGAGACCCCAAUACGUUUGGGGACCUCAAUAUUCUGAGACCUGCAGGAGCCUUGGGAGUCAAAAUUAUAGUGGGAUAGUUUUCUCUGAUACGUAAAAUGCCAUUAAUCUCAGGAAGUUUAAAAGGAGGGAACUGCAUUACAUGAUGUAACCCCACAAACUCUAAGCUUCAGUUGUUCUUUUUAAGAAGAGUUAACUUGGAGCUUUAAUCUGGGUAAAACUUGAAAGAAUCUGGGGUGGAAAACAAAACAAAUUUGUUAUCCCUCUCCACUCUAUCCUGGGGUGUGUGUGUGAGAGAGAACUGAUAAAAUAUGGAAUCUGUCCUUAUCAUUUCAUUCUGAAUGGCCUUCAACACCCCUAACUGUGAAACAGCAGAGGGAAUAUUUUUAUUGCCAAACAAACCCACCUUUUGAAUAUUGAUGAGUAUUAUUAACUUAAGAAAAACAAUGGUUUUCCAAACAAACUUUGUUUUCUUUGGA